AUAUCGUACUUAUACAUUAUAUUUUAUUUGUUACAAUAUCCUUAAAAUAAUUUUUACAGUAAUAGAUUUAUUCAACAGUGUAAUUUUUAUCCCAAUUAGUUUUUAUUUCGUAUGCAUUUUACAGUUUUACGUCAAGAAGAUACUAGUAGAAGGGCUCCUUGGUGCUGUUAAUAACAUAUUAGACGUGAAUAUAUCUCAAUUUCUUUAGAUAUAUAUAUAAAAAAAAAUAUACAUAUUUCUUAUUGAUCUGUUAUCUCAUCUCAGAAAUGGGUAAGUUAUGUGCACGAAUUCCUACAUGGCCAAAAGAAGGUUGGCAAUGAAUUUAAUAAAUCAUUUGACUUUGUUUUAAAUAUUUUAUGUUAAAUAUUUGUAUAGAGAUCUCUCGGAUGGUAAAGUAGAUCAAGAACUUCAUUUGUCUCUUAAUGUUCACUGACAUGGCAUAACCCAUGACCUGAAACGCGAAACAUCGAUUCUGAAAAUCUACGAAAUUGACAUUUACCUAAGGAAACUUCACCGCGCAAGCUCAGGAAGUUGAAUGUUUUUCCUGAGAAAGUACGGCAAUGCGUUUUCCACAUAAACUUCAUCUGCGGUGUUAAGAAUUGUCACAGCAUCGGAAUCUUGAUGCUUGGAGUUACUUCUGACAGUGAGGGCUAUUAUUUUGUAUUGUUAAUUAGAAUUUCUAGCGCAGGAUCGAUAACUUGUGGAUACAAAGGGUGCGUGUUAGCAGUAGAGUACAAGUAUUCAACCAAACAAUGGAUCAAUAGCAAAUGUUCGCGUCGGAUACGCAGUCACCACGGAAAAUAAUUCCUUCCUGUUGUUGAGUCUUGACGUUUCUUAAAGAUUACUCAAGUGGGUUUAUAAAGUUUUUGGCAACAGCUGGUAAUUAUUGACACAGAAUGGAGAAAGUUGAUAAAUCGUUAAAAAAAAGAGACACCAGGAUGACAAUGUCCACAGAUGGAGGUACUCAGUGUGUCCAAGUUGUUGUCAGAUGUAGACCCAUGGAUGAGAAAGAAACGGCUCGGGGUUAUUCUCGAGUAGUUGAUGUUAUUCCAUCCAGAGGUGUUGUUGAAAUACGUCAUCCCCGUGAGGAUCCAUCACGAGACAAUGUUAAAGUCUUUACAUUUGAUGCUGUUUACGAUUGGCACUCCAAGCAGCAGGACCUGUAUGAAGAGACAGUGAGACCGUUAGUCUCAUCAGUUUUAGAUGGAUUUAAUGGGACUAUUUUUGCAUAUGGACAAACUGGCACUGGAAAGACAUAUACUAUGGAAGGCACAAAGUGUGAUAUAGAAAGACGAGGAAUUAUUCCAAGGUCAUUUGAGCAUAUUUUCAAUCAUAUUGGGAGAACAGAAAACAUGCAGUAUCUCGUGCGAGCCAGUUAUUUAGAAAUCUAUCAAGAAGAAAUCAGAGACUUAUUACAUAAAGAUCAAAGUUUAAGAUUCGAAUUGAAAGAAAAGCCUGACACUGGUAUCUUUGUCAAAGAUUUGUCAACUGCUGUGUGCAAGAGUGCAACUGAAAUUCAACAGUUAAUGAAUAUGGGAAACCAAAAUCGGACCAUAGGAGCUACCAACAUGAAUGAGCAUAGCUCACGAUCUCAUGCGAUUUUUCUUAUCACGAUAGAAAUGGGCUCCAUUGGUGAUAGUGCGGGAAUAAGAGUGGGCAGACUGAAUUUGGUAGAUUUGGCAGGAAGUGAAAGACAAAGUAAAACUGGAGCUCGCGGAGAGAGACUAAAAGAAGCUAGUAAAAUUAAUUUAAGCCUUUCUGCACUCGGUAAUGUAAUUUCCGCUCUUGUUGAUGGAAAAACCACACACAUUCCAUAUCGCGAUUCUAAACUCACAAGGCUUCUUCAAGAUUCUCUCGGUGGGAAUUCAAAAACUAUAAUGGUUGCUAAUAUCGGACCAGCCAGUUACAAUUAUGACGAAACACUGACAACUCUGCGUUAUGCGAAUCGUGCAAAGAACAUCAAAAACAAGCCGAGAAUAAACGAGGAUCCCAAAGAUGCUUUAUUGAGACAAUACCAGGAAGAAAUAAAUCGUCUAAAGGAAAAACUUGCUCAGAAGGGAACAGUGCAACGGAAAAAAAGGAAACCUCGAAGAAAGAAGGAAGAUGAGACGGCUGAGACAGAUUCUGAGACUGAAGAUAGUAGAGAGGACAAUAAAAUAACAGAAGCUGAUAAGAAAUUAAUAGCUGAACAACUGAAGGCCGAAAAACAGGAAGCUGAAAACCUCAUUCUGAGGAUAAAAGAUCUGGAAAGCAAGAUGUUAUGCGGUGGUAAGAAUAUUAUAGACCAUACAAACGAGCAGCAAAGAGCCCUGGAGCAAAGAUCUGCAGAAAUAGCAGAACGAAAGAAACGUGAAGUUGAGAUGCAACAAAAACUCGAAGAUGAGGAAUUAACAACCCUAGGAGUGCGAGAAACAUAUACGACUCUACAACAGGAAGUGGAGGUUAAAUCUAGAAAACUGAAAAAAUGCUUCACCAAAUUACAAGCUUUAAAACAAGAACUUCACGACGUUACCGGAGAAUUUAACAGAGAUAGAAGAGACCUGGAGCAGACACAACAUGAGCUAAUGAAGGAAUUGAAGUUGAAGUAUCUAAUAAUAGACAAUUUCAUACCGGUGGAGGAAAAGCAUAAAAUCUUAUCUCGAGUUCGCUUCGACGAGGAUGAAGAUUGCUGGGUAGUAAAGGACCCGGAGCCAAACAGCAUGGAAUUGAUAAAACGUCCUACUUCAGUUCCUGGUGCAAGAAGACCGAUAUCAGAGUAUGCACGUAUAGCUCUAGCAAUGGGCCGUGGUCAGCGCUAUGCUGGUGAAAAUAUAUUAAAUUUAGAGCUCGACAUGCCACCCAGGACUACUUUAGAUUAUCAAGGACCUGCUAUAGCGCCAACUAUACAAGCUGUCCUAGAGGAAGCUCUACGCGAUGAAGGUGACAUUGAUGUAGACGCUUCGAAUACCAGGCUCAGAUCGAAGACUCGACUUCAAUCUGCAAAAGUUCGACCCAAAAGCGUGGGAAGGAUACAACAGAUGCCGGUUCCAGUUUAUCCGAAAACUAGAGGACUCGUGCCUAAGUAGUUUAGCUUCUUGGUUAACUUAAUCUUUAUCAUUAUUAUCAAAGACACGUUUUGUAAAUAUUUACGAACGUGGUUUAUGCUUAUUUAAUUUAUUGACGUCUUAUUCUUUGUGAUACGGUUAACCUGGAGAUGGUUUAACUCUAGACUGAAUCCUUGUAACUCUCUAGUCAAUGUGCAAUGUCAGUUGCUUACUACGAGUACCGACUUACCUAACUGCUAUAAUAAAACAUCGUAUCGCUACAUCGAUAACUUUCCGAUGCUCUUUUUUAAACAUUUUCCAAUAAAUAUGUUCUACUGGUA